AGUUCAUCAUGCAGCAAAAAUGUCAUCACCGCAUAUUUACCGAGCUGUGGCAAUGCGCUACGUGCUGCACUGAACGUGCAAGAGCGAUGGCCCUGGUCUUCCAGGGCUUUAUAUCCAAAGGAGAGGAGAUAAACAAACUCACGCCUUUCUCCCUUAGGAGUGGUCGUCACUUAGUUACUUUCGUUCCCUGGGAGUUGACGGAAAACUGGGAAAAGCAGGCUGGGGAAAUCGUCCGAGCGAUGACUCACGUGAUUAACCAAGGGAUGACCAUGUACUGGGGGACUUCCCGGUGGAGCGCUAUGGAGAUCAUGGAGGCCUAUUCUGUAGCCAGACAGUUCAACAUGAUCCCACCGGUGUGUGAGCAAGCCGAGUAUCACCUGUUCCAAAGAGAGAAAGUGGAGGUCCAGUUACCAGAAUUGUACCACAAAAUCGGAGUUGGAGCAAUGACAUGGUCUCCUCUUGCCUGUGGGAUCAUCUCAGGGAAAUAUGGAAACGGGGUGCCUGAAAACUCCAGAGCGUCGCUAAAGUGUUACCAGUGGCUGAAGGAAAAAAUUGUGAGCGAGGAAGGCCGCAGACAGCAAAGCAAGCUGAAGGACCUGAACCCAAUCGCGGAGCGUCUUGGAUGCACCCUUCCGCAGCUGGCAGUGGCCUGGUGUCUAAGGAACGAGGGCGUCAGUUCUGUGCUCCUAGGGGCUUCCAAUCCCCAGCAGCUCAUCGAAAACCUCGGAGCCAUACAGGUCCUCCCGAAGAUGACAUCCCACGUGGUGAAUGAGAUGGACCACAUCUUGGGGAACAAACCGUACAGCAGAAAGGACUACAGGUCAUAACGCGAUGCAUGGCUCAGUGGACCGCAUGGUUAAACAGUGCCCCGUACUCUGUACAGGACGCCAUCGACAGCCGCUCCUUCGAAUCGCUCGGCGGACUGCCGCCCAACCUAUUUAGUUCCUGGAUUCUCCAAAGGGUCUGCUGCCGCUGCUUCCAAAAGAUGCACCUAAAUUCUCCAGCCUCCCUGGAAACACCCUCCCGGCUGAGGACAUUCCUUCUUAUUUUUCUUAUUUUCUUAUCGGCGACUAAGUGUCGCCGACUUGGGUUUCUCUUUGCGCCUCACGCUUUACGCGAACCGCAAGACUCCUCCAAACCUUCAGGCCUUUGCAAAUUGAAAGCGGGCUGGACGGUUCGAUUUUUUCAAAGGAACUAAAUCCACAGGACCGAUCGUAAGGCUCGAGAGCAAAAGCUGCGAUGGGUAAUAUAAUAAUAAUGGGAUUUGUUAAUCAGUCAAUCGUAUUUAC